GGCCGGUGGAGCUGCCCCGCCCUCGCGCCGGAAGAGGCCCCGGGGCGGCGGGAGCGCUUCCGGGGCAGCGCUGGAGGCGGCGGCGGCGGCCCGGCAGCGCCAUGACGUCGCUCCGCGCCUUCACCUGCGACGACCUGUUCCGCUUCAACAACAUCAACCUGGACCCGCUGACGGAGACCUACGGGAUCCCCUUCUACCUGCAGUACCUGGCGCACUGGCCCGAGUACUUCAUCGUGGCGGAGGCGCCCGGCGGGGAGCUGAUGGGUUACAUAAUGGGUAAAGCAGAAGGCUCUGUGGCUAGGGAAGAAUGGCAUGGACAUGUUACUGCUCUCUCUGUUGCACCAGAAUUUCGACGGCUGGGUUUGGCUGCCAAGUUGAUGGAACUAUUGGAAGAAAUCUCAGAAAAAAAGGGCGGAUUUUUCGUUGAUCUCUUUGUGAGAGUAUCAAAUCAGGUUGCAGUAAAUAUGUAUAAGCAACUAGGCUACAGUGUGUACCGGACAGUGUUAGAGUACUAUUCUGCUAGCAAUGGAGAGCCUGAUGAGGAUGCUUAUGAUAUGAGAAAAGCUCUUUCCAGAGAUACGGAGAAGAAAUCUAUUAUACCUCUUCCUCAUCCUGUGAGACCAGAAGACAUUGAGUAACUGUAAACUGUGAUUCUCAGGCAACAUGCUAAGAAUUUUGGGUUCCCUCUCUGCCUGCCCCCCAAAACCUUACGGAUGAGAAAGCAUAGCCUCAAUGUUUUUUCCCAUGAAAUACCAAAAGCAAUAUUGAGAAGUUUACUUACACUGCCUUUACUGGUAAUAGCUGCAUACUUUUGCACUUCCCCUAGUGAGUUUUCUUUUCAAAUAUUGGUAAUGCAGAGACUAUUAAAUGGAAUCACCUGGUGA